AUGGGCCCCAGACUGUUGCACCUGCUUCUGCUGGGCACAUUUACAGUGGUCUUCAUGGACCACGAUGAAGGGAUUCGAUUUUGCCAUGAAUGUGAUUUCUUUGAUGGAUUCAAAUGCCGUAGUAAAAUGAAACGCUGCUGGAAGUUUAAUUUGUUCCUGCCGUACAACAGGAGUUGUACCACAGAGCACUAUUACUAUUCGAAUCGAAUUACAGGGAGAUACCUGUUUCAUCUUACAAAACUGUCUUGUAAAAUUUGUCAAGAGGGAGUGACCCAAGUAUACCAUGACUUACUGAAAGAAACACAUUGCUGCAAUGAUAGAUCCAUGUGUAAUACUGGAAAGGAUAAUUUAGAAAGGUCGGUGCCGUAUGGAGAAGAUGCAGAUUACACUAUGCAUGAUGACAUCCAACAAGAAAACUUACAGGGUAGAAGAACUUAA